GGCUCUUCUUCCUGAUGAAGAUGAUGAUGCGUGUGUGCCUGAGCUGUCAUCUCCUGCUUGCUGGGAUUUUUCUGGACGUAUUUGCUGCGACGCCUGAAGAAUGCCAGCUGCUGGUCACGCCUUUGUCUCUGGCCGACCCUUCUGUGAUUCUCGGAAAGACAAACUUCCUGGCAGGCUACACGGAUUAUGGUGCUUUUAAAGGCAUCCUGAAGGCCACAGAGAGCUCCUGGCUGAACAUCACAGAGUCCAACAUCGCCUCUGAAGUGCUGAUGUCUCAGGAGAACAGGAUAAAUGGAACCUGCGUUGGGUCGACGGUGGCGAUGACCCUGGAAGGGCAGAGUGCAAAGGUUGCAUUUGCAGACAUGAACUCGGUGCUGUCUGUGCUGCCAAGCUGCGACGGCUGCUUCGUCUUUUACAUCAACUUUACAGCCACUAAUGUGAAAAAACUCCUCGAACAAAUCAAUGUCAGUGACAAAGCUACGGCUGAUGAGGCUCAGGGAAGCAGUCUGUAUCUUAUGGGCAAACAGUUGACGCUAAGCCCGUCAGACUUGGAGCAUUUCAGGAAGCAAGCCAGCUGCCUCGGCUUCAUGGGAGAGCCAGAUUUUCUCUUCAAUCCAGAAAAAAGUUUCUGUCGAGAAGGGGAAGGAAUCCGAAUGCCGUACUCCCAAUAGUUUCAUCUGUUAAAAUGUGAUCUGUCUCUAACUUCAAUAAAAUAAAAAGUAAAAUUAAAAAAACAUCCAA